UUUAAGCAUGACAUCGUAAAAUGUCUUGGUUCACACCAGUUUAUUAAUUUAACAAACACGGGUUUAUAAAGCUAUUUUCAAAGAUGCUGUUGAACGGGAUUUUGUUUCUCACUCUAGUGUUUUUUACAUUAUUCAGCUCUGCAGAAGCUGGAUUCUGUUCCGAAGCUUACACAUGUACCAAUAAGUGCACAAAGAGUGAACAUUACACAACUAAGUGUGGACUCUUCGGGUGGAAAAGAUGUAACAAAUACAGGACAACGUAUGCUACUUGUACCAGCACGUGUUACCGCCAGGUUUGCUGCAAGGGAUAUACAGGAUCAGACUGUGCCACUCCUUUGUGCUAUGAGUCCACAUCGUGUUUGAACAGCAACCCGUGUACAGGGCCUGACAGAUGUAGCUGCAGAACUGGCUACAAACUUCCAAAGUGUGAAGAUGUAAAUGAGUGUUCCUCAAACAAUGGUGGCUGCCAGCACGUUUGUAGGAACAACGUCGGGUCUUUUACAUGUUCCUGUAACAGUGGAUAUAUGUUAAAAACUGACCUCAAAACUUGUGAAGAUAAGAACGAGUGCUCUUCCAACAAUGGAGGAUGUGCUCACACGUGUUCUAACAAGCCAGGGACACAUCAGUGCAGCUGUAGAGAAGGCUACACACUUGCUUCGGACGGACGUCGAUGCAAUGACAUCAACGAAUGUUCUGUGGGAACAUCUCAGUGCGGACAAGAUUGUACCAACACUGUUGGCUCAUAUACGUGUUCCUGUAGGGCCGGGUACCAGCUGGCUGCUGAUGGGAAGGCAUGUAACGACUUAGAUGAAUGCAGCCUUACUCCGCCACCCUGUGGCCAACAGUGUGUUAACACUCCCGGAUCUUACAACUGUGAUUGUGAAACCGGAUAUUACCUCGACGCUGGUUCACAAACUUGCAAAGAUGUAAAUGAGUGUGACACUGACAAGGAUGGUUGUGAUCACAUCUGUACUAACAGGGAAGGGUAUUACCAAUGUAGUUGCCGACCAGGAUAUGUUCUACAUGCUGAUGGAAGAACAUGUACAGACGUUAACGAAUGUUCAGAAGGGACGUCUCAGUGCUCUCAGACAUGUACAAACACACCCGGCAGUUACACGUGCACCUGUCAGAAUGGAUAUUUGCUUGGAACGGAUACAUUCAAUUGUAUAAACAAAGACGACUGCCAAGGCAUCGUAUGUGAAAACGGAGGAUUUUGUAUUGACAACAUUGGCGGGUAUACCUGCUCAUGUGCUAAGGGCUACACAGGAAUGCAUUGCGAACUCGACUUAAAUGAAUGUUCUGGAUUCCUAAAUGGCGGCUGCGAAGAUGAAUGUAUCAACAAAGUGGGUUCUUUUGUUUGUAAAUGCAGCGGCAACAGCACUCUGAACAAGGACGGCUUCACUUGUUCCGGUUCAACUGGACCAAGCGUAUUUUCCAAGUAUGGGUUGGUGCGACAGUUUUUACCCCGAGGUUGUUCAACAAUUGUUUUAGCAAAAUGUGACGAGGGAACUGACAUUAAAAUUCUACUCUCGUCAACAUCAAAUUGGUACAGCUUGAAAACUGAUCCAAGAAGAAUUUAUACUCAUGGUAUUGUAUUUGUUGAAGCCAACGCCAUAGCCCUUCCUGUUUCUAUAUCAGGCUUAGAAGUCGUUAAGGGAACUGACGAUUUUGAAUUAAUAACCGGAUCGUUAACACAUGAUAUCAACAAUGGCGUUCCAUACGGGGAAGAAAGACUGCUAUAUUGCUGGACAUUUGGGACAACGCCACGAGAUUUAAGAGACUUCCUAGUUUCAAAUUCAUUUUUAUCAUCAUUCUUUCACAAUAUUGAGAAUUCCUUGCCUGACUGGCUACAAUUCUCCCCAAACGGCUACGAAAUACUUGGUUUAAAUGAUUUGCAGAUAGAGCUCAGUAGAGGUGACGAUAUUCAGAGGACAGAAUGCAAAGGGGCACCUUUGUAUUCUGAACGACUUUACACGGUUCUGAAAUUUGGCAACAGUUUUGCUUUGUCUAUCUAUGGCCAGAAAGUAACGUUACCGGCUGCAAUGUUAAACAAUACGUUCUGCAUCAUUGUUGAUGUCUGCCAGGACUAUGGGGGAUCUGUAUUCCUUAUCUUGCCUGAAAAUUCAAGGAACAUUCUUGACAAAUUUAAAAUGUUCAAAAAGCUGAUCGACGAUUCUGGUAUUUAUAUCCGCCCGAUUGGAGUAGGCCUGUCUCUUCAGAAACACAUUAACGUCCAUGCUAAGACAACACAUUUGCAACAAUGGAACGGAGAUGAAAUUAUUCAGUAUCCUGUGUUUCAAGAAGCAAAUGUAUGGAUUGGAGGCGAUGUCCAAAUGGAAACUGACAUAUUCCGCGUAUCAGGAAUGGCAAAUGCUUUUCUUUCCAUCCCGUCUCCAAUAAAUAUAUUGGAGAGUUUAUUUCUUGAGGAAUGGGGGUUUGUGGUGAAACUUCAAGCAGUUGGUGCUUUGGAAUUUACGUUCAAAACUCCAUUUGGAAACCAAACUAUUCGAGGCAGUGGUAGUGGUGAAGUUAACGCUCUUGCUUCGCUUGGAGGACAUAAUCCGAGGAACUUUUGUGGUAUUAAUGCAAAUCCUGCAGGAAUAUUCAUGUCGGUGCUUUUCAACGCUGAAGCAUUUCUCGAUGCACCACUUUUGCGUUUUAUCAAACCCGGGGUCAAUGUUAAAGCCUAUGCUUUUCUUGCUAGCGAUCCAAAGACUCCUGCGCACAAUCAAACACUAAUUGAUGUAGCAAAAGAAGUUCUUGAUUUAAAACAUAUCAGUGAACGGUUUGUUAAUCUCACAAAAGAUGUUUUAGCUAGGUAUCAAACGCUGUUGUCGAACCAUUCAAGCAUAUUGCUUAAUACAAUAAUAACCAGUGGUCAUAAACUUCUAGCCAUUCUUGAAGACGUUAUACAAGAUAUUGGUAACUUAAAUAUACCAAAUCUGCAACACGUUAUUAAACGAAUUACUGGUAUCUGGAAAGAAGGAUGGAAACAAUUGCAAAACGACACGGAUGCAUUUUUAGACUCGAUACGAGAAAAUACACGAAUUGUCAAACAUAACAUAACACAGCUUAUAAAGGAAGAAACCAACGCAAUACGGGAGAGAGUUUAUAUGUUGAUCAGUAAUGUGACUGCUCAAGCUUCUAUGGUGUUUAAGAACAUAACAGGAGCUGGAUUUCGAUUUAAGGGCGACCUAGAUAUUUCAGGCUUAAAGAUUUUAGGACUAGAAAUUGAGCUUGUAUACUCCAUAGACAGUCUGGGGGAAUGUAGCCGGUUUGAGCGUGCGUAUAGUGUUCUCAAGGGUGAUAGGGCUGCCAGAGUUUUGGCUGUUGUCUCUUCUGGAUUACCUAAGAUCGGACGUUUCCUUCGUAUUGAAGCUGGGAUAGGCAUUGGACUUGCAAUAAGCUUAGACUCACAUGGUAAAUUUGCUGCUUUGUUACGUGUAGAAGCCAAAUUCCUUGGAAUUAGGGCUCAAACAGACCUGUUUAUAACAAAUCAAGGUUUAUAUAUUUAUCUCGAAGGAAAUGUAUGGAAUACAUUUAAAGCACAACUACAAAUUUCUGCAGAACUUGGAAAUGAAUGGUAUCAAUUGUCUUUUGGUGUGAAAGGAGGUUUUGUUGCCGAUGCCGAUGGAGAUGGUAGUUUUGAUGAUGGUUAUUUAGCUGCACUUCGUAGAUUUACAAAUACUAUAGCUGAUGAGGCAAACAAAAGAAUAAGUAAGUUACAGGACGGUGUGACAAAGGCUCAGAGAGGGUUAACCUCAGCUCAAAACUGGCUUGAAGAUAAAAAGUCGAUUUUCCGUAAUGCAAAUUCAAAAUUCGAUGAUGCGGUACGAGCACUUGAUAGAGCCAAAGAUAAACUAGAAGAUGCGAAGAAACCGUUUCAAGACGCAUUAAGUAAACUAAAUGAAGCCCAAAGAAAGGUUGACAGAUUAUGUAGGAUUAAAACCUGCAAGAAAAUCUGUAUUCCUGGAAUUAAAUGUAAAUUCUGUCACAAACGGGUCUGGGGAAUCAAAAUACCAUACCCAUGUUGUAAAUUUACAAGCUGCAUGAUUUCUUUUCCUGAUCCUAUCUGCCUCGCCCUUAACCUUCUAUGCAGAGCUGUUCGAGCCAUUGCUUUUUUAGUACUAGAAGCAGCCAAGGUAUUUGUCCGCAUUCCAAUGCUAGCCUUAGAUGCUGCAAAGGUAAUAGUGUCAGCUGCACAAUUCAUUGUUGAUAAAUCAAGGGUUGUUUUGGACAUAGCUAUAGCUGCACUUGAUUUGGCUAAACUAGGACUAGAGGCAACUAAAGGGAUAUUGGAAGGAGCAAAGCUUGCUCUUGAGGCUGUUAAGCAGGUAGUGAAAUUAGGCGUUGCAGCUUUAAAUUUGAUCAUUAAAUACGGAUUAGAAAGUAUAAUUGAUGUGCGAAAUUGCGGUUUUGAAGUUACACUUUCAUCACAUGAUAAAGCCGUCUUUGAUGUCCACUGUGAUGUAAACGUUUUUAAAACUGGAUUUAGAACAAUUAAAAUACGCAUCAAUUUCAAUGACAUUUUCCAAAGUCUAUGGUAUGCUGCCAAGGCAACAAUAACAUCUAUACUCAAUUCCAUCGGAAAUAUCUUUGGACGCAAAAGAAGAGAGAUAGAAUAUGACUCACUAAAUUUAUUAUACAAGCAUUACAGGAAAACAAGGGAUACUCAUGUUAAUGCUACAGAAACACUUAACAAUGAAACCAUUGACAUAAUCGCGGAUACACUGGGCUUUACGACUAACCAAACGGACAGUGAAUAUGAUAUUAGGACAGAAAUAUUUCGGAAAAAUUGUCAAACAUUUAUAAACAUUCAUACUUUCCUAUUUGACACUAUCUAUGCCUUGCAUGACAUGGCAAACGAGACAGCUAUUACCUUGAUGAAUACGACAUUCGUACAGGAUACUCUGGGUUUAAAAGAUAAGCACUCCCUAGUUAAUGCAUCGUUAACGGAUUUAGGAAUUGAUCAGAACGUAGCUAAAGCUGAAUUCAACAUCAGCCUUACUGAAUUGACAGAAACCAUCGACAACGCAAAAGCAAAUUUAUCUUCUGAUUCCUAUUUAUUGGAUGUGGAAAGAUAUUCUGGAGAUGCGGCUGCAAUGGUUCAAAAUCAAACCGAUGAUGCCAAUACUAUAGAAAUUGUCAAUCAUUGGGUCGUCGCCAUGGAAAAGGUAACAAGCCAAUACUUCAGUGCAGAUGCAUGUGUCUCUUUCCUUGAUUGUGCACAUUACGCUGUCGCAUCGCUUUAUGAAAUUGUUUUACCAUCAACUGACUUACCUAACAAAAAUCAAAGCAUGCAAAGUAUCUCCGCCUUUGAGGAUAUUUUUCUUAUAUUGACCAAUAACUAUUCGCUAAAAGUUCUCGAGGUAUACGAUAUGUCUCUAGGUCUUUUGGAUCAUCUAGGUGCGAUUAAUGAGUCCAAUGUAUUCUGUUCUACUCCACCUACAACAAUGCAUCCUCUUGAAAACCAAACAGUAGUAGCAGGACAAACAUGCCAUCUCGUAUGCAAUGUCACAGGAAAUCCGCUCCCGGCUUUCAUUUGGUUUAAAGACGAUGAACAAAUCACCAACUCGUCGACAAAUAUGAUGUUGACCAUCCACAACGUGACUUAUUCAGACGAAGGUAGUUACCACUGCGUAGCAACCAACUUAAUCACCAGCCUUAUCAUGCAGAAGGCGAACGUCAUUGUGACAGAAAAAGAGGACAUAAUCAACAAGACAACCACUGAAGAUGAGUUUCCAUUAACACUGGUUGUGACACUAACAGUGAUACUAACGACAAGUGCUGUGGUGAUUGCUGUUAUCAUUGUUGCAUGUGGUGUAUGGUGCUAUAAAAGGCAUGUGUCAAAGUAAAAUUUUCAUAUGGUUGUGUGAGGCCUUUGGAACGAUUCAAAUUUUGCCAAUCCAGUGUUAUUGCUGAGUUCCAGUUGUGCCGAACGUAUUUUGUACAGGCACUAUUGCAUCAACGUGAGGAAAUCACGCAUUAAUUUUCUAUAUUUUCUCAUCAGUGUAUACACAUCAGUUUGUACCUUCCUGUAGCCUUUGGCACAAAUAAUUAGUAUGCUACAUUAUCUCUAAUUUAGAUUUUAGAAGAUAAAAAUUGUCAAAUCAAAACAUGUUGUUGCUGAAUUUAUUUUUAUUAACAUUUUUCUGACAUGAUAUCUGUUAUUAAAUAUAGUGUAGGCUUUAUAUCUAAUGAAUCAGGUUCGAUCGUGUCACGUAUUAAAAAAUUAGCAAUGCAAUAGUAAUUUAAUUUUUUGCUUAAAACGAAACCAUAUAGUUUUCACGUUUGUUUGGGUUAAUAUGUUUCAGUUUUAUUCGGUACCUUAUUUCUAAUUGAUCAAUAAAACAAUACAAAAUUGGUAAUUGUAUUCACAUGUUACUGUAUUCUGACAGAUAUACCUAUGGAGGUCCUUCAAAAAGUGUUAUUACAUGCUUAAAUUGCAAUCGCUUAUGACGUAGGGAUGUCAGGACAAGGUAUUAUUAGUCAUCUGUCUAAGAAGAACAUUGAAAGGGUAUGGUCUGUUCAACGGCAAUCUCUUAUCCCAUAUAAACUAGGAGGUGGUGUUGUUGCUGCACGAAAAACAUAUAAAAAUGUGCUUAACAUUAUUUUUUGAAGGACACUCUAAUUUUGUAAAUAUUUUUUAUAGAAAUUGCAUUUCCCAUUUGUUUUAAACGAUAAAUGAAAGAACCCGUUUGUUACACUAUCGUUUACGGACACACACACACACACACACUAUUGUACAAAUAUAAUUGCCUGUGAAAUUCUGAUUCUUCAUAAAUUUUGAAUCAUAUUUUGGAAAUAACAACAGUCUAGCUGUUGAAUUAUGUACAUAAUCAUUUUAAGCUUGAUAUCGAAUUUUUGGAAAAAAAACAACACAAUAAGUAUUACAUUUUAUUUACACAGAAUUAAUGAAACUUGAAUUAAUGAAUGUAUACAGAUCAAAAUUUAUCAAGCUCUGCUUUUUAUGUAUAAGCUAUGUUUGACCAUUUGCUUGUAUUAUUGUUUAGUGUUAAUUAUUACUGUAUCUUGAAAAUGCUAUGUUUGUAUGUACAAAAUGCUGAAAAUUUCAUUCCGUUCAGGUUGAUACAUUUUGUAUAAUUUGCUCAUUUUCAUAAUCGUCCGAAUAUA